GAAUAAAGAGUCACGAAGAUGAUAACUUGAUGAGAAAAUAAAGUGGAGGGUUAAUAAAGAUCCUCAAGGGGUGUGGUACUACGCUCGCGUUAUCGGGAAUCGGAAGCAAGCUGCACGCACAGCCGGGGUACCGGUUGGUUCGGCGGCCGUGUACGUACGUAGGGGAAGCUACCGCGAGCCAGCUAGCUAUUAUAUCUUGAUCGAGCCUCGGCGAGGAGCUCGAACGAAAGUACGGUACACGAACACUGAGGAGCGCCGAUUUCUGACCGUCGAGGAGAGCCAAAUUAUAACAAGUUGAGAGAACUUGGAUUGAAAUGUUCUACUUAGAGGUGUACUUCAUAAAGCAAGAUGCAUUGUACAAUGCUGCAGUACUCAAUCUGUGCCCUUGUGGUGUUGCUGACACUUUUACAACUCAUACAACUUACCAUGAUCUCAUGGUUGGAUAACAUCAGUCCUAACCACAUACAAAAUAGAGCAAGAGAAGUGUUACCAAUGUCAGACAUGCAGAAGCAGAAUAAAACACAUCAACAACGAGAACAACUCAUCCACAUUACUUUGCCAGCAGCAAAGCUGAACACAUAUGGCUCUUAUCAAAUAUUCUAUGAUAUCUCAAAGACUCAACAAAGACUCAAAUCAAUUAAGACGAGAGAUAUUACUCUUGUCUCACACAGUUCUAUGAAUAAUUUAUAUCAUUUACCAGAGUUAGUGGACAGGUGGAAAGGACCAAUUUCUUUGGCUGUGUUUGGGAGUUUAUCUGAUGUAAAAACUCUUGUAAGUUAUGUCAUGUCUCUAAAAGAAUGUAUAAUAGGAGUGAGAAGAAAUGUGACAUUCCAUUUAGUCCAUCCUGUUAACUCAUUAUCAGAAGAGGCUGAAGUAUUUGGGUCGGUCCAUAAUAAACAUUCUUUCAUGGUACCUUUGAUAGAUUGCAGUAAACUUAUGGAUGCAAUUAAGGCGUCAUAUAGCAGUGUGCAGAAUUACGCUGAAGAUGGCAUUUUGUAUCCAAAUAAUCUGUUGAGGAAUGUUGGCCGUUCAAACAUUUUAACAGAAUAUCAUUUAGUGCUGGAUAUCGAUAUGCUUCCAAGCGUUGGUCUGCGGGAGAAGUUCUUAAACUUUGUGAAGGGUUCAUCGUCUCUAUGGCUGGAUGAAGACAUGGUGCAUCAGAUGGUUUUUGUAUUACCAGCAUUUGAGAUGGAUAUUGAAGCAGUUUCCAAGGUGCCCAGAGAUAAGAUGGAGUUGUUGAACUACUUGGAAGAGGAUAGAGUUAGACAAUUUUAUGUGAAGGCCUGUUCCUAUUGCCAGAACCAUACAGAUUAUGUCAAAUGGACCAGUCUGCAGAGCGUAACUGGUAAGCUAAGUGUGGCCUAUACAGUGGAAUGGAAACCUUUGUGGGAACCCUUCUACAUCAGCAGGAGUGAUAUACCUAUCUAUGAUGAAAGAUUCAGACAGUAUGGUUAUAAUCGCAUCAGUCAGAUAUGUGAGCUGUAUAUGGCAGGUUUCAACUUUGCAGUGCUGGAUAAGGCAUUUAUUGUUCACAAGGGCUUCAAAGAAAAAACGGAAUUUCAUCAACAGAAAGACGAAGAAAAUCGUAAGAACUACUACCUCUUCCUUGAAUUUCACACAGCUCUACAAACUAAAUAUCCAGAGACCAAGAGAAGGUGUAUUAAGUAAGAGCCUCCUGUUUUUAAUCAAUAUAUGAUUUACUUUUCAUAUUUGUAAUAAUUUUAAUGCUCAGAUUGAGCUACAAUAUAAUUUUAAUGAAUUGUGGUAUAUUUUCUUGGGUUAGACACAAACAAGUUGAUAGAUGUAAUUUAUAGGACACCUGCCCAGGGACGACAACUCCCCUGAUUUGGUGUAUGCUAGGGUUUUUUUUUAGAAGAACUUGCAUUUUUGGUUAAGGUCAGGGUGUUCUGUUGGGAGACUAAUACCGAUACCAGUAACUCAUGAUUUUUUGGUCUGCACCAGGCCCGCACUAAAAUAGUCUGCACCACAAGCGUUAAGUAAUUACCCAUUCAAAUACUCGGGCACAUAAGAGAUGUUGGUGGUCUGGUGCUGCUAAUAGCAGCGUCAAAAUAGUACCGGUCUGGUGGCGGGCAAUUUUAGCAUGCGGCAUUCAUUAACUCAACAUUUUACGACUAAGCCCAGAGCUGGACUGGACCAGCGAGUUACUGAAAGCAGUAUUAUACUCUAAGGAGGUCUCCUCCAGGUGAGAAGUGCACAAGAAUGUUCAUGGGGAAAUGUUAUCAAGGGGAGUUGUCCGGUAACAGCGAUAGACAUACCAUUGGCAAUAAUUAAAGCAUAAUUUAUUCAUUUUCUGUAUUCAUUCUUUACUGAUUGCAUACUACUGUUGAUUUCCUUUGCUUGUUCAUGCAGACAAAAAAAUGAUGACAAAGAUUACCGGGUACACAAUUAUUUUUCUAUAUAAGCUUGAAAUCUUUUAAUUUCUAAAUUAGCAUACAUUUGUCAUUGGUGUACAUAAAUACUGCUCUUAUAAUGAUACAUGUACCUUAUACAUAAAAAUCAUAUGUAGGCAGAUGUAUAUUAUUAUCAGUCUAAAUGAACAGGGACAUGUUUAUAACUUGUAAUUUACAAGCAGAUAUUGAUCUGUAAUUUUCUGAGUUUUCUUGCCAUCUGAAACAUUUUAGAAAUGUUCUGUUUAUUUUUACACAAUUAAACAUUAUUUAAAUAUAUGCACAGUACUGAACAGUCUCUUUGGAUCUGAAAUAUCUAGACAUGCUUGUUAUUACUGUAACUCGUCCAGUAUUUUUUUUAAAUUGAAUUGCUAAAAUCCUUUUUAUCUGAGACAUAGUAAACAUCUUGAUCUGCUUAUUUUAAUUGAUGAAAUAUUAUAUUAAGAAAUAGUAUGAUGGGCAGUUGAAACUGAUUUCUUUAUUUGCUCCAUGAAGCUUCCAUUGGAAACCAAUACAAAUCGAUAUCAAUUUGGUGGAUUCACAAUACAGUGCGCCAUUUAUUGGCUGCAGCGGAAUUUGCAAUGCCUCAUGGGAAAAAGUCGAAAGCUGUUGCGCCCGCUAGUACUAAGUGCAUGCAUGCAUGCGAUUAUUCAUCGCUGGCCAACGCGGCUCAAACAGAUAUGCUGUUUACUAGGGUCCAGGAGGUGGGAGAGAAAUUUGCCCGCAUAUUUCUUUGCGAAAUUAAGACCGUUUUUGGUGAAUUCUGGCCAUAUGUUUGUCAUUUUUGAAGCAUCAUAGUCACAUUACAGUACGCUAGCACUGUGCGCUGCUUGCGUACAAUGCUGACCCUGAAGUUAAACAUCUUGUCUGUUCACUGCAACUGAUAGAUGGCACACCAUAUUAUGAAUCCAUCGAAUUGGAGAGUGAGGGAGUCUAAUGAUACCAUGAUAACUUUUCCUGUGAUUUUAUUUUUGAAAGACAAAGCAGCUGUAGAGAAAAUUAGCAAAGCUGACAUUGUAGUCCAUUACACUCUCCAGUUAAUUUCCUCUUCACAACUGUUCAUUUAAAAAAAAUUGUUUAUGAACAGAAUGUUAAAUAUAUCUGAUAAACUCAGCAAGACCUGUUUGAAUCAAUUAUUUUAAAAUGUGAUACUUAAAAACUUUCUGAAAUGUUGUAUGUCAGAAGGGGGGGGUGGUGGAUCAGGCACUUCCUGAUCUAUCAAGGAUUAUUGUUUGUCAUUCCACAUUGAAAUUAAGAAAAAUUCCUCUUUUUCAAAAUUCUGUUGAUUAAUUCAAGCUAAGAUGAGCUUUGUCAGUUUAUGUUUGGCAUGUACAUGUACAUGAUACUUGCGGAUGAUUCUUUUACUUCAAUAUGUGACCUAUAUGCACUUAUUUCUAAUAUUUCUAUUUUCCUAUUGCGAAUUCCUUUAUAUAUCUUGCUUCAUGUACAUGUACAUUGAAUAAUUUUAAAUAAUAACAGUGUCUUACAUGGACGCCUUUAGUAGUCAACGCAAAGGAGAUGUAAUGAUUCUCAGGCAAAAAGAAAAAAAGAGAAAGUGAUUGUAACUAAUAGCUGAAGAAAUAUGCUUUUGAGUUGUGAUUUGAAGUUUGAAGUUGUGGAUAUUACUUAAAUCUAGCUUGCUUACAAAUGUUUGGAAGUAUCUUUUGGUAGCAUCACAGUUAUUCUUCAAAAUUAAAUGAAAAUUUUAUGUAACUGCAGUGACCAAACUUAUCAGCAAUAAAGACAGUUAUUUUGACAAUUGUUUUCAAAUUUCCUUUUUUUCAAACUAGCAAUAUAAAAUUGGCCAACUUGCUGUGGAUGUAAGCUUAUGAUAAACUGAAUGAAUGACUCUUUCCAUUUCUGUUUAAUGUCAUUUUUAUUCUGGAAUUUGUUUGAUCAUUCUGAAAACUACUGUUUUCUUUUAAAUUUAUUCUAUUUUAUAUUUUUAUUACUAGUACAGCUUCCGGAAAAUAAUAAAGAAUGAUUUCCAGUACAUGGAACUAAUAUUUUUCUUGCAAAAUAAAGAGGGUUGAACACAAUAGCCUGAAUAUUUUAAAGGUAUAUAUCUUUAAAUAGGUAGGCCUAUAAUGGUAUAUCAAUAUCUUACAUCUUUACAUAUCCUUAUUCAAGUUUGUUGUUUCGUGUACAGUGUAUGUCAUUUUUAUUAUUUCAGUACUGUAUUCAUUGUCAUAUAUUGUGAUGUAAAUGGCACAAACACAAAUUUCCCAUUGCAACCAAUGAUGUAGAUGUAAGUUAUUUUUUGUUAAAUGGUAAAUGGUAAUAUCAUGCAAACUGGUAGACAGAGACACUAAAGUUGGGGGCAUGAAAAAAUAUUGUAGUGCAAAAAUUCAUGCGAAUGUAUUGUGAUAUGGAAGAGGUGUAAUAAGUAUACUAUUAUUUGUGUUUGUGUAUUUUUUUAAUCAAGCUAACAAUAUAAAAUUAACUGACUUUACUAUUUAUACAUAUGUCAUUGUAAGAAUAAAAUGUGUUAAUUCCAGUGGUGGAUCAAGGAUUUUGAAGUUAGAAGGGGCGCUGCUGGGUGCAGAUGACAGUUUAUUUUUAUAGCUUUAACUACAAAUACAUGUAUGUAUGUUAAAUGGGGGAUUCUCAGAAUAUAGAGAGGGUUUGUGUCCCUUGUUCUCCUGCCUAGAUCCACCACUGCAUUCUCUUCCAAUGUUGAAAGAUAUUUUCUAUAUUUAAGAAAUCUAAGUGGAGAAAAGAUUAGUCUGGAAACAAAUAAAAGAUCGUAUAACAAUAGGACUUAUUGCAAUGAACAGCUGUUCUUGCAGAUUUUAAUGGCAGCGUAAUUGUAUUGCCACUUUUAAAGACAAAAUUAGGAAUUCCUGCUUUUACAAUACACUUUCAGCCAAGGGAGGCACCUUUUUAUGUGUGAAAGGGUCCGUUUUAAAUGGGUUUUAAUUGUUAUUCAGUAAUAUUCUUCAUUAAUGAUUAGUUCGAGGUUUAUAUCAUUAUUACUAAAUAUGACAAGAAUUCUCUGUUUUAAUGAAAUUGUCUAAUACUAAUGAAGGUGUAUUUUGUAUAUUUUGUAAUUUAAGGUUUUUAAUGGUUUUGUUCCAUUCAAAGGUCCUAUAUACUGAGUAUUCAGCAUGUAUUUAAUUUACAGUAUUUGGAAGUUGUAGGUCAAUUUGUCUUUCAGUUUAGACUGUAGUUAAUUAAAUUAUGACUUUGUAAAUGAACCUGUAUGUAUUUUUAUUCCUAAAGCUAUUAGAAUGCUGUUUUCCAGUUUUAUUUAUUCAUCUCAAUAUGAUGUAUUAUUGGUGCAAUGAGAAUGAUGCGGUUUUUUUUUACUUGGUGUUAGGAGUCCCCCAAAUGGUCUUUUUAGGGUACCGUUCAGUUUAUCAAUAUUAUAGGGAGGUGCAUUGUGACUGUAUGUGUACUUCAUGAAAAAAUACAUUUUGCUGUAAAUUGCCAAUUUUAUAUUAAAGGAAAAAUACAUGUGA